AUGGCUCCGGCGGUGCGGACCGUGGACACAGUGUCGGAAUUUACAAGCUGUGUGAGUGUUUAGUCGCUUCCCGGGGAUUUUUUUUUUUUUUUGUAAAGAAUAAAACUAAAUAAAACUGGGGGACAUAAAGUAAUGAAGAGCUGGAGCUUAAGAGGCUGGGGAUAAUGACUAGGAGUUUAAAGACGUAUUACCGGUCUGUAAAGCGGCUGGGUUUAAACACUGUGCAUUUUAAAUUAAAUAUAUUUAUUUGUUGAUGUUUGAACAGUUAAAAUGAAUCUAAGCAUUGUUGUGUUGAUUAUUGUAACAAUAUGUUCUGAUUGUGACAUGUGCAUGUUACUGUGUAAUUUGUAUGAGUAGAAAAAUGGAUUAGAAGGAAAACAAAGUGCCCUUGGUUGUUUGAAUGACUCGACCCUGUUAGGGGAAGCUGCAUAGUAGAAUAGUAAGUGGUAUUUCUCCUGGGGCUGUAUGGUAGUCCUGCCUGCUAGACCGACUUUGAUACCCCUAGGGACUGGGGGGGGUAUUUAUUAGGGAGAUGUGACAACCGAGACCUAAGAUUGGGAGGUGUGAUAUUCAUGUGGUCCUGAGAUUAACCUUAUGCCCGGGCAAAAAGCGCGAACAAGAUUCAGUGUAAAAGAAAAGAUAUAUAUAUGUAUAUUUGCCACCUGUGGUUGCGGUCUCCUACGUGAGAUUGCAUAUAAACGAAAGAAAAAGUUGAACGGCGUGAACAUCCCGAACGCGGCUAUUCUCGCCGCUUACCUGGUGUUCGUUAGUUUGUGCGUGUCUGUGCGAACGGACUGGUGGGAAGCCGCAAGGUAUGACGGGACCGGAAGUGCGAUGCCUGUUGAGGACCCGGAAGUGUGA